UAUCUUGCGUGUGUUCCCCAGCUAUUGAAGUAAAAAUGUCUUUGAUAAUAUAUCUGUCCUUCCCUUUCACCCUGCGGCUCUGAUGCCAUUCCUCCGCGAGCACCUGGGUGUGUCGGGGCCUGAUCACCUUACAGGGGUGGCACUGAACAGUCUGACAGGUUGAGCUGCUCCGAGUCAAUCUACCUGCCUGCAAAUGCACUUUUCAGGAUCCAGGUAAUUGGAUGAGGCUGGAGGUGGAGGUGCAGAGGAGGUGGAGCUUAGAGAUGCCUCCUCCUCACUCAGAGGCACAUAAAAACCCAUCACGGACUUGUAGAAGGUACUUAGAGGGAACUGACUCACCUCUUAGUGGUCUCCACUGCUCUGCGAAACCUCUAUCUCUCUGCUCCCCCUUCUCUCUGUGUACCUUUCUAUAGACACUAAAGCAGCCAUGUCUAUGAGAUCCAUGAGCGUGAAAACCGUCAAGUCCAGCUACAGCUCUGGCGGCGGUGGCGGCGGCGGCUUCAGCAGCAGUGGCGGCUUCAGCAGUGGUGGCGGCUUCAGCAGUGGUGGCAGCCGUAUGUCAAUGGGAGGUGGAGGUGGAGGAUUUUCCUCAAGAUCUGCCGUUACACUGAGACCAUCCUACUCUGUCUCAUCAUCCAGCGUUGGAGGUGGAAUGAUGAGGUCAAGCAUGGGUGGUUUCGGCGGUGGUUUCGGUGGCGGUGCCGGCGGCGGCGCUGGUUUCAGCUCCUCCAGCUACAGCAUGGGAGGUGGUUUUGGCAUGGGUGGUGGUGGAGGCGGCAUGAUUCCCCCCAUCACAAAUGUCCAAGUCAACCAGAGCCUGCUGACCCCCAUGAACAUUUCCAUUGACCCCACCAUCCAGACUGUCCGUACCCAGGAGAAAGAACAGAUCAAGACCCUGAACAACCGCUUCGCCAGCUUCAUCGACAAGGUCCGCUUCCUGGAGCAGCAGAACAAAAUGCUUGAGACAAAGUGGAGCCUCCUGCAGGACCAGACCGUCACCCGCUCCAACAUCGAUGGCAUGUUCGAGGCUUACAUCAGCAACCUGCGCAGACAGCUCGAUGGGCUCGGCAACGAGAAGGUCAAGCUGGAGGGAGAGCUGAAGAACAUGCAGAUCCUGGUGGAGGACUUCAAGAACAAAUAUGAAGACGAAAUCAACAAGCGCGCCAGCGUGGAGAAUGAGUUUGUUCUCCUGAAGAAGGAUGUGGAUGGUGCCUACAUGAGCAAGGUUGAGCUGGAGGCCAGAGUUGAUGCCCUUCAGGAUGAGAUCAACUUCCUCAGAGCUGUCUAUGAGGCUGAACUGCGUGAGCUCCAGGGACAGAUCAAGGACACCACAGCUAUUGUGGAGAUGGACAACAGCCGCAACCUGGACAUGGACGCCAUCGUGGCUGAAGUCAAGGCUCAGUACGAGGAUAUCGCCAACCGCAGCCGUGCCGAUGCCGAGUCAUGGUAUCAGCAGAAGUACCAGGAGAUGCAGUCCUCUGCCGGUCAGUACGGAGAUGAUCUUCGCUCCACCAAGUCUGAGAUUGCUGAGCUCAACCGCAUGAUCAGCCGCCUCCAGAACGAGAUUGAGGCAGUCAAGGGCCAGCGUGUCAGCCUGGAAGCCCAGAUUGCUGAGGCUGAGGAGCGUGGUGAGAUCGCAGUGAGGGACGCCAAGGCCCGCAUUAAGGACCUGGAAGAAGCCCUCCAGAGAGCCAAGCAGGACAUGGCCCGCCAGGUGCGCGAGUACCAGGAGCUCAUGAACGUCAAGCUGGCUCUGGACAUUGAGAUUGCUACCUACAAGAAGCUUCUGGAAGGAGAGGAGUCCAGGAUUGCAGCUGGUGGUGCAUCCGCAACAGUCCACGUACAGAGCACAAGCUCAGGCUUCGGUGGCUCCUCAGGAGGUGGCGGCUACGGUGUUGGCGGCGGCAUGGGCAUGGGCAUGGGCAUGGGCGGCGGCAUGGGCGGCGGCAUGUCCGUCAGCAUGGGAGGUGGAUAUGGCGGCAUGAGCAGCAUGAGCAUGGGCGGCGGCGGCGGCGGCAUGAUGUCUGGCGGUGGCUCCAGAAUGAGCAGCAGCAGCUCCAGCUUCAGCUCCUCCCGUCGUUACUAA